AAUCAACAUUUGUGCCGGGAUCCUGCCGAGGACGGUCGGAGAAUCGGAGUUUGCAUAUCAUGUUUAGGGCUCCUACAAUAUAUUUCCCUCUUCAUAUUCUCGUUUUGCUUAUUUUCCUUUAUGUGUAGAACAGAGUGUUGUCUUGGGAUUGUUUAAAUGUCGUUUACGUGUCAGAAAUUAGUGUAUUAAUCAUCGUUCGGUUGGUCUCAUUUUGAUUACUUCUUGAUCUUGUUUGUACUCCAUUUUGGCCAGGUUUUGACGUACAUAAUGGGAGUUAGAUUUGAAUACUAGAUUGUAUACUAUUUUAGAAUGUCACUCAUUUGAAGUGACUUUGUUUGUGGCAGCAAAUUUGCUUGUGUUGAUGAUAUUGGAGAAUAAAUUAUUAUGGUCAAACAGAAGUUCUGCAGAAGUAAUUACUUGAAUAAGGAAUUGAAUUUAUUAGAAAAAUGGAUAUUAACUUGCUGGCAGGAUCACAGAUUGCAGCAAAAGUUUGAAAAAAAAAACAAAGAAAUGUUUCUUUAAUGUCUUAUCUCGUCACAAAAUAUCUUCUUCUUGAAGUAUGUCAUCAAGAACUUUCUUUGUGACCCAAGAGGGCCCAGCCAAUGCACUAGCUUUAAAUAAAGAUUAUUCUCAUGUUGUCAUAGCAGGCAGAAAUGUUUUUAAGGUGUACAGUAUUGAAGAGGAUGAAUUUGUGGAAAGCUGCAAUUUACGAAUAGGCAAAAACCCUAAUCUCAAUUUCUCUUGUAAUGAUGUUGCUUGGAAUACUAUUGAUGGUACAGUAGUUUUUGUUGCUACAUGUUUUUACAAUUUUUUAGAAUUUGUUUAUGUGUUGAAAUUCUGUGUGUGCCUAAGAGGUUAUACAGGACCCUUCUUUUCCUUCAAAGAUAACAUCUUGGCAACAGCAGCAACAAAUGGUGCAGUGGUUGUUUGGAACUUAAAUCAACCCACCCGUUCUAAACAAGAGCAUGUAUUCGUUGAUCAUAAAAGAACAGUCAAUAAAGUGAGUUUUCAUCCAGCUGAAGCUGCAUGGCUCAUUUCUGGUUCCCAAGAUGGAACUAUGAAAUGCUUUGAUUUAAGAACCAAAGAAGCUACUCGUACAUUUUACAGUAAUACAGAAAGUGUUCGAGAUGUGCAGUUCAGCCCUCAUCAACAUAAUGCUUUUGCUGCUGUAUCUGAAAAUGGAAAUGUACAGUUAUGGGAUUUGCGACGAUCAGAUCGUUGCUAUCAUCAGUUCACUGCUCAUAGUGGUCCAGUAUUUGCUUGUGAUUGGCAUCCUGAAGUACCUUGGAUUGCAACAGCUAGUCGAGAUAAAACCAUAAAGGUGUGGGACCUUUCUGUGAAACCAUCUUUAGAAUAUACAAUUCAUACCAUUGCAUCAGUAGGUCACAUUAAAUGGCGACCUCAAAGGAAAUACCACAUUGCUAGUUGUGCUUUGGUUGUUGAUUGUAGUGUUAAUGUGUGGGAUGUGCGUCGCCCUUAUAUUCCGUUUGCAGCAUUCAAUGAACACAAAGAUGUUGCAACAGGAAUUUCAUGGCGGGGCAAUCCGCAUACAUUUCUCUCAACCAGCAGGGAUAGUACAUUAUACCAUCAUGUAUUUCAAGAUGCUUCAAGACCUGCCAGUAAAGCAAAUCCUCAAGGAAUUGGCUUAAAUUGUCGAGGAGAUGUUGCAUAUGCAUGCAGGGUAAACAUCAAUCCAUCACGAUCUGCUAAAUUUUCUAACCUUUUGAGGAAAGGAGCAGCACAACCGUCUCACAGUGAGCAGUUUUGUCAGGCAUUGAGCAACAUGCAACAGUUUACAUGUAAGGAGCCUAAGGAAACUUAUUGGUUUCGAGAAUGUGCUAGUCGUUACAUUCUUACCGGACGCUCACUAGCUGACAUUUGUGACCAUAAUGCAGCUGUUGCAAAGGAUCUCAAGAGACAGCACGUCAGCCUUAUAUGGAGUAUUGUGAAGACACUAUAUUCUAACAAAGUUGGAGAAUACAAUCAACCCACUCCUCCUGGAAAUAUUUCUCGGGAUGAGAGUGUACCAGGUGGAGGUGUGGGAGGUGUUGGGACUACAGGUGCCGGAACAGGGGGAGGAGGAGAAUCUCUCGCUGGGACAGGUAUUGAUGGAGAUCAGCGCUCACUUCUUGGAGCUGGUGGUGACACACCUGGUGCACCAAUGAGUGGUGAUGAUGAAACUGAAACUGAUGAGACCCCAGAGCAACACCUAAAUGGUCACGUUGGACACUUAGUGGGUGGAAUGAUGUUUCCUGCCCAAGGUGACUUCCUCUUCGGUGAUGGAGAACUGGAUCCUUUGAGCAUUGACUUUGAUAGAAUUGGUCUUAAUGGGGGAGUUUUUGUGGGAACUAAUGCUGCUUUGGAUAUGCAGCAAGACUGGACUCUCCCGAGUGAAGCAUUUCCUUUGCGACAUGAAAUUCAAGAUAGAUCUCCUCCCCCAGAACAAUUUCCCAACCAUGGAUCUCCAGACAUGAAUGAUAAUGAAACUCAAACAAUAUCUAUUGAAGAUCAGCCAACAUCUGUGCUUUGUGUAACAUCUAUGCCUCGUCUCAUGGCUUGGGAUCCCAGCCAGACCAUGGUGGACAUGCUAAAGCAUCAUGCAGUUAUGGGUGAUGUACAAACAUCAGCAUCAGUACUCUUGGCUCUUGGAGAACGCCGACGCUCUCUGGUCUCAUUGGAUGAGGCCACACAAGAACAUUGGCUGCUGGGAUACUUAGAUACUCUGUCACGACACAGACUUUGGGAAGUGGCUACACAGGUCAUUCAGCUGGCUUGGGUUCCAAGUGUUUCCCAGCUGAAUCAACAGUCAACAACUGUGCACACCUGUUGUGCUCGUUGUGGAAAACCACUCCUGCGUGCUGGCUGGUUGUGUGAUCGGUGUCACUGUGCUGAAGGUGCUGCAUGUAGUGUGUGCCACCAGGUAGUGCGUGGCUUGUAUGCAUGGUGCCAAGGUUGUGCCCAUGGUGGUCAUCUAUUCCACAUGCAAGAGUGGUGGGCAAAUAACAAGCAGUGUCCUACUGGCUGUGGACACAUAUGCGAGUAUAGUUAGACAAUGAAGACUGAUGAUUGAUGUCCAGUUCAGGGUUUCAUUUAAAUAGACCACUGUCUCAAAUGUGACAUUAAUCCUGUAUUACAAAUAAAUGAACUAAUAAAAGAUUUUAUAUUCAGUACAUUGUGUAUACAUUUUAACAAAAUAGUAAAAUGAGUGAACUUCUGUCUUCAUUUCAGUACUUUUUCAUUACACCAGUCAUUCUCAACUUGUGGUCCUUGAACUACAAGGGUUCUGCAAUAAAGCCACCAGUAAUCCAUGGCCAUUGAAUGGAAUAUUGCUUCUUUUAAAUAAAUUUAAAAUCCACUUAUUCACUUUAUUAUUCUGAUUACUUUUUCAUUACUUAUCUUUUCAGACUUUUGUGCUUGCGACUUUUUUUCCAUGUUUAAUAUUGAAUUUC